CGGCACUGACCUGAAAUAUGGCCGGGAAACAUCGGAGGCUCUCCGGCAAGCCCUGUUUCCUGGAGCAGACACAGCGUCGACGCCGUACGGCGUGAUACUGACGCUCACAGGGUUUGUGACCUAUACAUCCCACAUCGAGGCGCAACUGAGCGCCCUGGUGCCCGUCAGUCAGGCGCUUUGGGAUGGAGCGUUCCUCACCGCCGUGAAUGAUGCAAAGUCGCGCAUUGAGCGGGUGCAGAAAUGGGCAAAGCACCAGCUUGCGGUUCGAAGUGCUCAGACGCUCAUUGUACCUAGUAGCGACGUCAUCAGGUCCGACAUGCAGUGGCCCGGCUGAACGCUGCAUCCGCCCGCUGACGAACUAUGACGAGGGUUUUCGUAAACCAAUGGAGAUUGAUGGACAGUUUUAAUAUGCUUGCAUGACAGUAGCGGUAGGCGGUGGAUGAUACAAAUUCAUACUCAUUCCCUUCCACCAUCAUGCACAUUGCAUACACAGAAGCCCGCAGACGUAUCGCAGCUGUAGCAGCGGAACGUCGAGAUAGCUUCUUGCGUGAUGGGGAGACUGUGCCUCUGCACCAGGCCGUCGGUCGUACGGUCAAAACCAGCCUCUUCAGUCCCGCUUCCACGCCGACAUGUGACACUUCGGCGAUGGACGGGUUCGCGGUGUGCUCCGCACUAACAGCGUCAGCCUCGCCUCAAACUCCCUUGAUGCUUCGCGUCGUCGGAUCCAUCGUAGCCGGCGACGAGGCAAGCACUUUCUUCGACACCGACGUUGUUGACGGCGUGGUGCCUUGCGUCGAAAUCAUGACGGGCGCGCCGUUCCCACUCACUCGUUCGGAGCACUGUCAGUACGAUGCUUGCGUUCCGCGCGAGCAUACUCGCAAAUCGUUGCACGAUGAGUGGCUGAUCCAAAUCGAACAGCCCGUCGAGUGGAAUCAGCAUAGACGCGUCGCCGGCGGUGAUUAUUCGAUAGGCGAUCCUAUUGCCGAGGAAGGUGUGGUCCUGGAUCCGCGACACAUCAUGGCCGCCGCUUCGGUCGGCGUCGACAGUUUCCACUGCUUCCGACGAGUCCGCGUCGGCGUGCUCUCCACGGGUGCAGAAUUGCUCCAAGAAUCCGAUUCCCGGCGCACAAAUGAUCGGAGCAAAAUACCAGACGCAAACGCUCCAUACCUACUUGCUGCAAUGCGGGAGCUCGGCGCGGAGAGCCACUUUCUUGGAACGGCUCCGGACGGGUUGAUAGAAACGUCGGAACAUAUCCGCAGCGUGAUGACAUCUGCAUCCUUCGACAUUAUCGUCAGCUCUGGGGCAGUAUCCGCAGGCACAAUGGACCACAUACCAGAAGCGCUGAAGACUCUGCAAGCCGCCAUACACUUUCACCAUGUGGCGAUCAGACCGGGCCACCCAGCUCUGUUGGCGACUGUCCCUCUUCCCAAUCAAGUAGAUGAGAAGGUCACGUAUUUCGGCUUACCUGGCAACCCCAUUGCAGCGGCUGCAUGUUUUCGCUUCUUGUUCAUGCCCUACUACCACGGUCUACUCGGGAAUUCCCAAGUACCAUGCACCACGGCAACGCUGAGACGGAAUCCCCAGGAGCCAGACGCGAGGAUCCGAGGUCUCGUAUUCUCCAAUGCCAAACAGGUUGACCACUUCCGACACGGUCGCGCCGAGAUGGUGGAAGGGGAGCUCGUUGCGCAAUUCAGCGCUCAACAGAGUCCCGCAAAGAUAAGUCCCUUCAUCGCGGCGAACUGCUGGAUCCACGUGCCACCGGCAACGGGUGAAGUGCUGGCCGGAGAUCGCCUGCAUGUAUACUUUCUGCAUGAUUCGAGCAUUCCGGUGUUAGGAUGAGGAAGCAUUCAUGUCUGCUGCAAACGCCGCUGCUUGACUCCAUUCGCCGGGCGUAUUGGUAUUCAGGAGCGAGCGGUCAUCGAGUGCUCGGAUCGUCUUCCCCUUGAGUUGCUGCACUACAACCUUCGGUCCUGUACAGCCAUGCAUGACAUUUGAAUGGAGACGCGCCAGGGCUUCAGGACCCCAGAGGCCGAGGAGUGGCUCGGCCCAGCCCUGCAUGUUUUCGAAACAUGUCAAG